AUGGAGGCAUUUUUUCAGAAGAAGCGCCAGGCGAUGAUCGAUCGACUCUCAAACCGCAAUCAAUCGCGAACCGCCACCGCCGACGACAGCACCAGAUCCGCCGACGACGAUAACCCCGACUCCGCCGUCGCCUCCAAAUUCUCAGAAUCCAAGUGCUCUAUCGAUUCCCUCCUCGAUAAAUCGUCCUCCGUCGAUUCAUCCGCUAUCAGAUCUCACUUCGACGGAAUCUCCUCCUCCAUCGCCGCGCUAGAGCAACUCGUCGUCGAGAGCUCCUACUCUCUCCCUUCCUACGAGCUCCGAUCCGCCCUCAAAUCGGUCGCGGAACUGAAGCAGCGGUUGGAAAAUCAGAGCGCCGAGCUUCUGCCGAAGAAGAAGUUCUCGUUCAGGAACAAAUCCGCCACAGCGGCGGCCAAAUCCUCUGCAGCGGUUCGACCGAAAGAUCCCGAGCUCCCAAAGCUGCAACCGCCGGUCCUCGUGAUUCGAGAGUCGCCGGGUUUCCACAACGCUAAGGAUGCAACAUUGACGAAGAAUUUCAGAGGCUUGGGAAUCGGUGAGUUCACUGCUUCUGAUUUGGAUUCCUGUGAAGUGAGAUUGAUUGGCUGCAUCAAUGCGUUGUUCAUCAAUAGAUUGAGGAACUGUAGGGACGAUCGAAAAGGAAAGAAGGUGAGGGGAUAA